AUGGUGGCACUCAUGGCAACAAGCUCGAUUCCCUCUGCUCCAGCAGGCAAUCCAUACUAUACCAUCCGCGCAAUCCCCACCAAAGGUUACGGCUGCUUCGCACUGAGCGACCUCCCCCGCGGCACCCGCAUCCUCUCCGACACCCCGCUCCUCGUCGUCCCCGUCGCCGACUACAUGCUGUCCGACAUUAAGAAAGCGUUUGCAGAGUUGACACCAGACCAGCAGGCGCAAUACCACACUCUCCACUCCAGCCAUGGCCAAGAUCCCAAAGGCUGGCCCAGCCGCAUCCACGAAUCCGUCCUCCCAAAAGAACGCACGCGAAUCGAGCAACAGCACGCCGCGCGGACAGGCAAGGAAGCGAGUUUGAUCAGCAUCUUCCAGACGAAUUGCAUGGAGAUGAAUGCUGGUGCUGCUGUAUUCCCGCACGCGAGUCGAUUCAAUCAUUCGUGUAAUCCGAAUGCAUGUUUUUCGUUCAAUCCGUCCACUGGUAGAGAGAACAUCCAUGUCAUGAACCCGAUCUCUGCCGGUACCGAAAUCACCUUGAGCUACUGCGACAUGAUGCACGAUAAACCACUGCGCGCCUACGAACUAAAGCACUACGGCUUCGUGUGCGACUGUCCUGCUUGUGCCGAUGACGAAGAUGAUGAAGAGAGCUUUGGAGCCAAGAGUGCGGAACGCAGGUUCAGGUUGGCGGAGUUGGAGAGGGAGACGAGGUUCUUCAGGGGCGCGGGAUUGAGCCAAGGAAUCGAGCAGCAAGACUUUGUGAAGAAAUUGUUGGAGUUGGCGGUGUUGCACAAGGCCGAGGGGGACUAUAGUGCUAGGUUGGCUGCUGUAUUCCUCGAUAUCGCCCUCGUUUGUGAGAUCAAGGGCGAUAUCCACAUGGCGGACGUGGCCGCAGCCAAGGCGCUCGAGCGGGAGCUAACAGGCAGGUUUCAUGAGCCGCUGACGUCGACUGCUGUGUCGCACCUGCUAGCUCCGGACCAGCUGGCAUCCGUGGAGCUGAGUACCCCCGAGAUAGACAGCAUACAUAGCAACAGGACGCGCCUGGGUCGACGCAUCUGCCGUCGCACGCUUCUGGACGACAGAAUGGAGACGUCAGACACCCCCAAGCCCACCGCCGCCGCCGCCGCACCAGCACCCAUAGCGACUUCGGUGUCGCAGCCGCCAACAUCGCAACUUCCCUCACCACCACACUCGCAAACCAGUCACCCCGCCGAUGUCAACACCAAGAUGUCGCUCGACGCCGCGGAUAGUAUGACGCCGCCUUUCUCGCCGUCGAGCCAAACACCAGUCCUGCAAAAGGAACAAGAGGAGUUCGAGGGCACUGUCGACGUGAAUAACGACAUUCCGAGCGAGAAAGACUUGGCCAAGGUAGAAGACCUGUUAGUCCUGGAUGCACAAGGGCAGAGCAGGCCAUUCAAGGAGCUGUACAAAGCACCCCAUGUCGCCUCAAGGCAGCUGAUCAUCUUCAUACGGCAUUUCUUCUGCGGUAAUUGCCAAGAAUACCUCCGCACCCUCGCCUCGUCCAUCAAGCCCGACGACCUCCUCUCGCUGCCCACACCGACCUUCAUCACCGUCAUUGGCUGCGGAAGACCCGAACUCAUACCCAUGUACACAGAAACCACCGGCUGUCCGUUUCCCAUAUACGCGGAUCCCAGUCGCAAACUUUAUGACCAUCUGGGCAUGACGCGCACCUUCAAUCUAGGGGCGAAGCCGGAAUACAUGCAGACCAACGUCCUCAUCAACUCGGUUCAAUCCAUCUUCCAGGGUCUCAGCACCGGCAAAAAGGCGCUCAAAGGCGGAGAUUUCAAACAAGUGGGUGGAGAGUUCUUGUUUGAGAAUGGCGAGUGUACCUGGGCGCACCGCAUGAAGACUACGCGAGGCCACGCCGAAGUAUCGGAUAUACGCAAGUUGAUUGGAUUAGAUGGAUCGAGGCCCCCGCCAAGGAGAAAAUGGAGUCACGACGUCAAGAAAGAAAAAGACAAGGACGGCGAGGGCAGAAAGAGGGCGAUGAGUUGGGGGAGGCUGAGGAGUAAGAGCAAGGGUGGAAAGGCCGCAGUAGCCUGGGAAGCUGGCAAGGACCUCUCCAUUGAGGAAAUCGAGGUUCUGCCCCCUCGCGCCCACGAAGUCCGUAUCCAGAUCUACUACACUGGUGUCUGCCAUACCGACGCAUACACACUCUCUGGCAAGGACCCCGAGGGUGCUUUCCCCAUUGUCCUUGGUCAUGAGGGUGCCGGUUACGUCGAGUCGGUUGGUGAGGGAGUUACCAACGUGAAGCCUGGUGAUCACGUUGUUGCGCUCUACACCCCCGAGUGCAAAGAAUGCAAGUUUUGCAAAUCCGGCAAGACGAACCUCUGCGGAAAGAUCCGCGCCACACAAGGAAAGGGCGUCAUGCCUGACGGCACAUCGCGUUUCCGCUGCAAGGGCAAGGACCUCCUCCACUUCAUGGGCACAUCCACCUUCUCCCAGUACACAGUUGUAGCCGACAUCUCCGUUGUCGCCAUCGAGGAAGACGCCCCCAUGGACCGCACCUGCCUGCUCGGCUGCGGAAUUACCACUGGCUACGGCGCUGCCGUCAUCACGGCGGGCAAGAACGGUGUCGAGGAGGGCAGCAACGUCGCCGUCUUUGGCGCUGGCUGCGUCGGUCUGUCCGUUAUCCAGGGCGCGGCCAAGAACAAGUCCGGCAAGAUCAUUGUGGUCGACGUCAACGACGCAAAGGAGGAAUGGGCCAAGAAAUUCGGCGCCACACACUUUGUCAACCCGACUAAGCUUGGUAACCAGUCUAUCCAGGAGAAGCUCAUUGAGAUGACGGAUGGUGGCUGCGACUACACGUUUGAUUGCACGGGUAACGUUAAUGUUAUGCGUGCUGCGCUUGAGGCGUGCCACAAGGGCUGGGGCGAGAGCAUCAUCAUUGGUGUUGCGGCUGCUGGUCAGGAGAUUUCUACUCGUCCGUUCCAGCUCGUUACCGGUCGUGUGUGGAAGGGCUGUGCUUUUGGUGGCGUCAAGGGACGUACGCAACUACCCGGACUCGUCUCUGACUACAAGCGUGGCGACCUAAAGGUUGAUGAGUUCAUCACCCACCGUCAACCACUCGACAAGAUCAACCAGGCUUUCGGCGACAUGAAGGCUGGUGACUGUAUUCGCUGCGUUGUCAACAUGCGCGAAUAA